UGAGCAGAUGUCCACUUCGAUUGCUGGAUCGUUUCCCAAGCCAGUUAACAAAUGCUCGCGUCCAUCGAUUUUCUCGGACCAGUUGCAACACUUGACUAAAUUGUGUUUAGUAUACAAUGAUUCGGUUAUCGACAAAGAGUGUUGACGUCACUAUCACUGUUAACUUAAACUCAGUGAAGGUUGACCUGAUCCAUUGACAAUUCGACAAUUCAACAUGCAGUUUCUGGCCUUCUUCGUUAUUUCUGCGAUAACCUGUCUGAUUUAUUCUCUCGUGAAAGCGAAGGGCAAAGAGAGAAAAAGAUUCACUAAGCCUGAAACCGUUCUCCUUCACCAGGUCAGUCCAACCGAUUUAUCUGUGAGUGGAUCACCAUUUUGUUUAAAGUUGGAAACGUUUCUCCGUAUGACAAAAAUUCCUUACGAAAAUGAAUACGGCAUGAAAUUUUCAAAGAAAGGAAAAGUGCCUUGGAUAGAAUUCAACGGCCAAGAAAUUGCGGAUUCUAACUUCUGCAUUCGAUUCCUCAUGAAAGAGUUUCGAGUUGAUUUGGAUACGCAUCUUAAUUGUACGGAGAGAGCCAUUGGUCACAGCAUACGUACAAUGUUGGAGGAGAACUUUUAUUGGUAGGUAACAGAAUCUUAACUCAGAGAAGGUUGCUUCUUUGAUUUUGUUUGCUUCUUUGUUUGUUUUUGGUUUGAAUGUUUUUUUGUUUUAUUCUGUGGUUUUUUCAGUGGAAUUUCAUCCCCUAAGGAUGUGUUAAUAUUAUGUUGGACUCGCUGAUUGAUUCACAAAAAGAAAUAUGAAGGAUAAUGAAACAAACUGACAGCGAAAUAAAAAACAGUAGCAACUCACGCAAUGGAGAGAUUUGAUAUUUGACUUGAUGCGAAAACGUUGUCAACUAAUAAAUGUGUAGGUGUAGAUUUUGGUUAUAUAGCCACGUGUAAGAUUCAAAAGAUUCGCAAAUAUGGAAAUUUCUAAAAAUAAUUAAAUGAACCGAAAAAACUGAGUCCAAACAAUACGAUGCAAUUCUUAUGGAUAAAACUAAAGUGAAACUACUAAUGUUUAUUAAGAAGAAAGGCAAGUACAAAGGGAAAACUUGGUCACGUUGUAUAAAUUUACGUUUGGCAUUAAAGUGACUUUGUUGAGAAAAACACCCACAAAAUUUCUUCCCCUGAAGUUAGUCCCACACUUGAUAUUCACGCUGCAUGUUGCACUUGACUAGUGAUUUAUUUACAGCCUAUUGAUUUCUUACGCUCUGCUGAUUUAUAAUCCGUCUUACUCGUCUUAUACUGUUCUUCAGUGAUCGAGGCUUUAAGUUCAAGUUCAAGUUCAAGUUUAUUAAACACUAAAGGGCACAUAUUGAAUAACAACUACAAACUUCAAGCAUAUAAACAUGGUGCAUUAAUUCAUGCCAACAGAGGUAGACAUGUGCUGUCAUCGCCGUAACAUGAUAGGCUUUUCACAGACCCUCUAGUUUUCUCUUCAAAGUCCGUCGAGCGCGCGUGAUAAAAUAUCAACGUCUGUACAAUUGCUCGAAUUAAAUUCGACUUAAGCACGGCAGUAGCGCGACGUUUGAAACAAAGUCGUGCUACAGCCUGCGUGGUGGGCGUUUUAAAGGGAAGGGAAAGGAAGUUUUAGGCGCGAGGGAAACGCCAGGGACGCUAGAGGAGGGAGGGAAGGAAACGCCUGACAGGAGAACAUUGUAAACCACCAGGCGAAUGCCUGCCAGGAGUCCUAACAUUUAUCCGAUUUUGAAAUCAACAUUAGUUUGAGUAACAUCCACCAACGGCGAAUGUUAAAAUCCUGUUUGGUCAACCGAAAAUUGAGGAGUACUUCCUUUCAAAACAAACGGAAUGUUGCUUAAUCCACAGUUCCUUCUCAGUUCCAGACUAUCCGAUUGGUUCAAACCAACGGAUAUCGCAUUUCUACGGUAAACUGGCAAAUCGCUUACCAUUAUGCUUUCGACACCCCAACCGGAUUUUUCUGUCAAAUGGCUUGUUUUUUACUCACUAGAAGAAAGAAAGGAAAUAUCAUGCUGCCAGCUUUGUGCUUGUUAUCUGCUGUUUGACCUAAUACGCCUACCACGCAGGCUGCGCGUUAUCAAGGACCAGAUUGUUGAAGACGAUUUUUGGUCUUGCUGGUUAUAGACGUUAUUAAGCCGCCAGGAACUUACUUUAAUAAUUGAUUGCAGCUUUCCUGUAGAUCUUCGAAGUUCAGCUCUUCUUUCCCUGCUACCAGCGUUCUUUUGUAUGCUCUGCUGGAUCCAAUUCGAGAGCUAGCAAAAUCAGACAAACAUUCAGAACAUUGCAAGCAAGUUGCGACGUGCAGCACGUUUCCUUCAGCAAACGACGUAAUAGAUUUAUGCUGGAUUUUAUACAACAAGUCACGCAUCGUUACAAUUUUCUUCUUUCAACGGACGGCCGCAUUUGAACUUUUUUUGUUGUAGUACGUAACUUCACUCCCCUUCACUUCAGUUUUCUUGUUUUAGGAAAACAGAAGCUAAAAAUAAGUGUUCGCGGCCAGACUAAUUUGACAGCUGGUCAUUCACAGUUGUGUUAUCUUUGCAUACAUAAUUAGUAGGAGGGAUGGCGAAAACAAUAGUCUCCUGGCAGGCAUUUCCUUCCCUCCCUCCUCGCCUGCUUUGGCCCCCGGGUCCGGCCCUCGCGCUUCUCUCGCGCCUAAAACACCCUUUCCCUUCCUUUUCAAACGCCUCGUGCUACUGCCGUGUAGCACGGCAGUAGCUCGACUUGGUUUCAAACGUCCGCUACCGCCGUGCUGAACUCAAUUCACAAAUAAUAAAUACAUUAGAAUACAUUCAAAAGUUUGCUAAACCGUUUCUGUAUUUUUGUGUUUUGUUUUCGGUAACAGCCGUUGUAUUCGACUGAAUUGAAUUCGACGUCUGAAACCAAGUCGUGCUAGUGUCGUGCUACAGUCGAGCUACAGUCGAGCCAGCUUGGUACGGCAGUAGCACGACGUUUGAAACAGGCCUAACAUGAUUACUUAAGUGAUAUAGUACCUCUUAGAUCGUUGACAUUUUAGAUACUGUAUCUGGAUAUAUGAUGUCAUUCUCGUAGCGUCAUUCUUGUACAGCUUUCGCUAGCAGACCUAGAAUCGAUUUACGCCGCUCUCUCCUUAAACUUUUUAUUGUACCACUCUCGUAACGUUUGCAAUCUCCGGUACACAAGCUAUGACAGCCAAAUCGGACAAACUUCGACGUUCCAAAAGGACAGAAAAACCAAAGAUUGAGUCACAAUACUUGUACGAUUUGGAACUUAGUGGAUGCUAUAAUUAAACCCAAGGUCACGAAUUUAAUAUUAACCAACCUAGUGUCCAUAAUGAUAACGUGUCUUUUUUGUCAAUCAGCCAGACUCAGCGGUAAUUUCUGAAUUUACUUGCUUCUUCAGAGGAACCAGCAAAUUUUUUUCGCUAUCAUGAGGUUUCGUUAUAUCAAGGUUCUUUUCGAUAUCUUUUACUGUUGCUGGGGUAAAGAAAAUCGACAUAUCAUUGCAUGUAUAGCAAGGUUCAACGUACAAAAAACCGCCACAGGUGCCUAAAACCUUCAUGGUGGAUCUAGGCAGCAUGUCUUUUUUUUGUAAGCAAAACGUGAAAAAGCAGGGCUGACUAUAAAGGUAUGAAAAUGAAUGUAUUAGAGUAAAAACUUGACACUAACAAACCACUGGCCCAGUUUUAAAUUACAAGGUAAUAAAAUGAAAUACAUUAAAUUGAGAAUAUUUAAAACAUUAAAAAAAAUAACUUGAAUGUUUGAAAAACUGAAAAGUCCUCAGAAAACAUUAGCACCAGGUCUAACACCCAUCAAAUUAAUUUACACAAUCAUGGGCUCCUGACACAAUAAAUGCUGAUUUUUAAAAAUACUUUUGCAAAUAGUGUUUUUUAAAGCAAAGAGUGUGCAUAGUUUCCACAUAGAAAGAGGUAAUUUAUUCUAAGCCGGCGAACAAGCACUGAUCGAUAGUAGAAGUCUCUCCGCUUUACAAUCGACAAGCUAUAUUGAAACUGGCAUUCUUAGUCUGCCUGAGUGCAGCCUCUCCUGCCUCUCCUGCCUCUCUCGUGCCUCUCCUGUCUCGCGCUAUCGGUCACGCGCGUGGCCAUUUGCGUGUCUCGCGUUUUGCUCGACGGACUACAGAAAAAAGAGAGACUGCUCGUAGUCUAAGAGAGAGCGUGCCCUCGUAAUCGCUUACUUCCAAGAGAUGGUUUUCAUAGUGACAUCAUCAAAUUGUAAAGUCAAAAUAGCGAGGUUUUACGAUUUCUAAUUUACACUAGGUUGAAGAUAAACAAAAAAUGAAUCUUUGUACAAUUUUCCAUUCUCGUAACAUAUUUCAUUUCGAAAAUACAGCAAUUUGAACUUCCGAGUUUUUACAGUGCGUGCCACCAAAAUAGGAAUGCUGUUUCGUUGAAAAAAAGUCUCUCCUUUUGAUUUUCAGCAGUAUAACCAUUUCAAGCAUUAAAAGAUAUGUUUAUGCGCACGUAUGCUAGUUCUCAAGUGAAAAGAAAGGGCUUUUAUAAAAAAGUGAACUCCAGAUAUUUUUGUUGAUUUCCGGCGGUCAUAUUGGUGGACCAAAACGGUACACCGAUUAUGGCGUCUAAUACAAAGCUCUACUAAGGUGCAUGAAACGUUUCGGCAAAUAACUCAGAAACUGUGGGCCACAAAGACCUGAAACUUGGACAAAUCGUUUAUAUUUUAGUCUAUUUUAACAUUUCAUUUUCUUGGCUUCUUCCACUGGACGGUUUCCAAUUUAUAUUUUUGGUGCGUGACAGUGAAAACGGUCUAUAUAUUUUGUAAGGCACGACCUGGCCUCUUCAGGCAAUGACUUCAGACAAUGGUUAGCACAAUUUUAGCAUGGCCAUCACAAAUUAACAAGAAGGCAAAUAUACAUAAUAUACAUGAAGGGUGUAUGCUAGACAAACAGUAUAGCCUACGAAUACAUCCGUUUCUCGUUUCUCCUCGCUCUCCGUCGCUGGGGACGUUUCGCGCGGAGGAACGACGUUCCUCAGCGCGAAACGUCCCGAGCGGCGAACAGCGGGGAGAAACGGAUGUUUUCGCAGGCUACAAAGUAGCCUGUGAACAGGCUCUCUGUUUGGGAAAAAUAGCGAGGAAAGGGAAGGGAAGGGGGCUUUUCGCUUUUCCCCCCGGGGGGGGUACUUUAGGAAUUUCUGGGUGGGGAUGUGCCGCUGGGAUCCUGGAACCCUUAACCUAUACCAGAGCUAGUUCAGCUGAAUUUUGCUACCCUAUACUAGAGUAAACUCCCCAAAUCCCCCCAUCCUAGAGUAGCUGUUUUCCAGAAACUACUGAAGUCACUAGCACAGUAGUCUAGCCAAAACAAAACCUUACACCACAAUCCCUAGUCUACAUAAAAUCUUCAACCAACUGAUCAGUUUCCUGAAAAAUGAUGCCCUAUUCUAGACUCAAACGCUCUGAUUUAUAUACCCUAUCCUAGAGUAAACUGAUUGAAAACCAUACCCUUCACAGCGGCACAUACCUAUAUAGCCCAUAUAUGGCAGUGCCCCCCCCCCGGGCUUUUCCCUCUCCCCACACCGCUCGACCAAAGGCCCGUUCACAGGCUAGCUACAAACAGUACAGCUAAAAAGCACUUCCGCAGUUCUGUAUUGGCAGUUACGAGUUGCAUGAGUUUCCCUACAUGUCUCAUUACGCAAUCCUUAUUGCUUAGCAAAACGAUCGUGUCCUUAAUUUGAAUCCCUUUAAAAGAGUACUCUUCGUUUUACACGUUUACUUACUUCAGGGGCACCCAACGAGAAUAUAGUUCAAAACCACUAAAACAUAGCAUUGUUAAACGUAUUUUAGUAUUUAAACGGUAGAUAUAGGCAUAUUUUUAUCCCCUAAAAAUUUUUCAUCUGUUCGGAUUUCCUAGCUGAAAGUCUAGUGAUCCGAAAAUUAUAGGGAUCAAAACUUACCUUUUCGAAAAUCUCAGCCAGAUAAAAGGCUCCCGAAAAUUCUAGGUGACCUUUUAGGGUCAAAAUCCGUUAAAAAUAGGCAAUUAUACCAUUUUUUAGAUGUUCGAAAAUCCUAGGAGAGGCAGGCAAGCAAGAAAUUUUCCAACAAAUGUUUCGAAAAUUCUAGAUCUCAAAUCGUCUUCCGAACAGAUAUUCUUCCGAAAAUUGUCGUUGGGUGCCCCUGUUACUUCUUUAUUGGAGUGCGUGACUUGAUUUUGAUUUCGGUCUUUUUUGUUUGUUUGUUAAUAGGACUAUGUCGCAUUAUUGCUGGUUCUCCGACUACGCCGCAGAAAUGAGAGAAAAGUUGCUUGGUCAGCUUUUUCCACCUCUUAAGUAUCUAGCCUAUUUCAUGCUAAAAAGAAAAGUGAAAAAUUACUUGUGGAGCCACGGUAUGGGCCGCCAUAAUGAGCAGGAAAUUUACGGUAUUGCUGAAAGAGAUCUGCUGGCGGUGUCUGAAAUCCUGGGCCAAAAGAAAUUUCUGUUUGGUGACAAGCCCUGCUUAGCUGACGCUGGAUUAUUUGCUUUCACCGCCUGUUCAGCUUGGGAAUUGCCUGCGAGUCCUUUUGCUAAAAUAAUCAGAACAAAAGCUACAAAUCUUGGUGAGCACGCUCAGAGAAUGAAAGAACUGUAUUAUCCGGAUUGGGAUAGGAUCAUCUCCAAGAAAAAACAAAUCUGAACAAACUAACAAUAAUUCAUAGAAUUUGGUAUGUCUGAUCUUCGGAAAUGGGAGUCAUUUUUCACCUGGUAGUACUAGUAAGAAGAUUGGACCUUAUCAUGGUUUUGGAAGCCAUCUUAACGGGUAGGCAACCACAUGAGAAAUCAGUGUUUGUAUAUAUGUGUCGGGGAAUCUUUGUCGAAUAAUUUUCGUAAAACGGCUGUUCUGCCAAAAAAAAACAGGAAUUGUAAACUCAAGCGUCACAGCAAAGUUUUGUACUAGCAAACUCUGGGGGCCGCAGCCGAAAAAAAAGUCUUAUACACAAAUCUGCAGAAAAUUUUAAUUAGAGGUUUUAGCGCUGUUAAUUUUGUCAAUAAAAUCCUUUCUUGGGUAACUUUAGUUUACAAUUCAUUAAAAAAGCCGGCUGUUUGACAAAAAUUAUUGGGCAUUAGAUUCACAAACAAACAAUGUAUUUUUUUCACGCGGUUGCCUACCCGGCAAGAUGGCUUCCAAAAAUAUGAUAAGGUCUGUACGGUACAAGAAUAUAAACUAUAUAAUUAUAUAUUGUCUUGUUUAGUUGCCAUCCCAUUCUAGAAUAUAAGAAUAAUUGAUGUGCAUGUUAAAAUUUCUCAUGUAGCUUGAUAAAUAAUAUUUAAAAGUAAUUGCAAUCCAAUCGUCCCAUGUAAAGGUGUCCGGAACCUUGGACAUUGGAAUCAGGAAUACAGCUCAAGGAAUCUGGAAUCUCUCCAACGAAUGGAAUAUAACAGAGAAUCCGGAAUGCAGUUCCCGGAAUUCGGACUCAGAGGCGGAGGAAUCCAGAAUGCAAGACUGUUUUGGAUUCCCUUACUUUAUAUGGGGGGCGUCGAACGUCUCUCUACAAACACAUCUUACCGCGGGCCACCUUACAAUACGGACAGCCCUCCUACAGAGAGGACACUUGGACCUGCUGCCGUCUGUUUGGUCUCACUAGGGAACUUAAGCAACAGACGUUCUUGAUUCACGAACGGCAUGGCUGGCCGCGCAGAACUGGAUCGGGGACGCGGUUUACGCGCCAAAUGCAAAUCAUUAAGCAAACCAACGUGAAACCAUCACGAAUGCCGACAUAAUAAUUCUGUUAAAAAUGCCUUUCAAAGAUUCUACAACGCUUUUAAAGUACUAACAUAACAAAAGAACAUACAAGGAUUGAAAACUGUUAUACUGGACAUCAAAUGUUAACAUUUUUAACUGUGUUCAUACUCACGUUUCUGAACCUCUGGUUUCAACCUGAGAACUCGCGUUUUGAAGUCCGUGACUGCAGCCCAAGAACGUCUCGAAAUGCGCAGUGGCUGUCAUGCUGCAAAAAUACUUCCGGUUGGCGUCCGUGGUACCAAGAACGUCUUGUGCUUAAGUUCCCUCCUGUAUCAAGAUCACGCCGCUUUGUCGCCAUGAUUUGGCAUUGUAUGGCUUUGUUACUAUGCAGC